AUGGUAACAGGAAACGCUGCUAAGGGUGCUACCCUCUUCAAGACUAGAUGUCUUCAAUGCCACACCGUUGAGAAGGGUGGUCCUCACAAGGUCGGACCUAACCUUCACGGUCUUUUCGGUCGUACUUCCGGUACCACCGACGGCUUCACCUUCACUGACGCCAACAAGAAGAAGGGUGUCGUUUGGGAUGAGAACACUCUUUUCGACUACCUUGAGAACCCCAAGAAGUACAUUCCUGGUACCAAGAUGGCUUUCGGUGGUCUCAAGAAGGCCAAGGACAGAAACGACCUUAUUACCCACCUUAAGGAGGCCACUGCUUAA